AUGGAGAAGGAGUUUAGUGAUGCUUUGAAUGCUUUGCGAUCUCAUUCCACCUCGGCUAAUUCGUUAUUUUCGUUAAAAGAUGAGCGUAGUUUUUCGAGUGUUUUGGAGUGUUGUGAAGAAAGCAAUCAUGUGACGUUGCAGCGGCAUAGUACGGUGGAGAAGAAGGGGGAAAGCGAAGGACACGAUGGAAGAGACCAACAGGCCACUGAAGAUGGUUCAUUGCAUGAUCAGGAUGAAGUUUUAGGGUUGGAGUAUGAAACAAAGGAUAGCCCGCUUACGUUGAAUUACAAGAGGAGGAAUGGGCUAACGCAUGGGUUGGAGAAAUCGCAACCUCUGUUGCCAAGGCUAGAAAAAUUCAUUAUAGUUUUAAUUGGAUUGCCUGCUACCGGGAAGUCUACUAUUUCUGCCCACUUGAUUCGUUUCUUACAGAACCAUCCGGUUUUGCUGCAUCUGCGCUGUUCUGUUUAUAAUGCAGGCCAGGUGCGUCGCAAGCUGACUUGCACCGAUAGACCCAUGUUGUUAUCUACAAACCCUGUUGAUGACUUAUUUAAUCCCAAGAAUUCCGAUAAGAAGAAUGCCUAUGCAAGAAUUACGUUAGAGGCAUUGCUUAAGGAUUUAGAUCAAGAUUUAUGUGACUUGGCAAUAUUUGAUGCUACUAAUUCGACAGUAAUCAGGAGAACAUUGAUUUUCCAGUAUUUGAACAAUUAUAAUAAGGAAUCAAAAAACAAAUUUCGAAUUACUCCAAUAGUGUUACAAGUAAAAUGUACGAACGAAAAUUUUAUUCGGUUUAACAUCCAUAACAAAACAUUUAAUCAGGAUUAUUUCGAUAAACCUUAUGAAUUUUCCGUUCGAGACUUUGCCAAAAGGCUAAUGCACUAUCAAUCUCAGUUUGUACCAUUUGACAAACAAGAAUUUUAUAACAUUUUAGCAAGUUAUCCGGAUGUCGAACUAAGUGGUUCCAAAUCGGAUGGCCGCUUAUUUUUCUUCAAUAUACUCAACGCCGGUUUAGAUACACCAUUUGAGCCACCAUUGCUCCAUUAUCCACAAAAUCUAUCACCAUUGGUUGUGCAAGUGGUAGAAGCUGUGGAAUCUUUUGUUCAGCGCUAUUCACAAAUGUAUGGUUUCAAAUACAUUGAGAGCGCAAAUAUGUUUAUAAAGGGCGACAACAGUUCAACGACAUCCACAGCAACUGGUGAGGCUAAACCACCUUCUAACAGGUCUUAUUUGCCCACACUAUGUUCUAUUAUAAACGAACAGUACUUCCACUUGUUAAACCACAUGAAGAAAUGA